ACCUGUUAAUAAUUUUAACUUUAGCAUUUUCCAAAUCUCCUCCAUAUAUCUCCAAUCCUUUACUUUUUUUAUUUAUUUCUUUUAUUUUCCUCCUUGUCUCUAAUUGUGCCUUUGGCAAAGAGUUAUUCUUUCUUUGGCUUGAAAUCUUUACACAGUAUCUAGAGGCUACAUCUGAGUCUCAAAUGUACUUCAUUAAACCACACUUCAAAGACAAUCGUAAAUAAGUAAAAAAGAUUAAAAUAAAAACUCUGGGACAGUAAUAGACAUAAAUAGGGGUCCAUAAUUAACUCUAAUUAGAAAUAUAAUGUUAAUACUUUGUAAUGUCAUUCCACUUAGGAGUAUGAGUUGGUCAGAAUGAUUUUCUUUUGUUUUUCUCCUAAGCCUAGUCGAUGAUUUGAACCCAUUCCCCGCGUUCAGUCCAGUUUGCACUCACUCUUUAAGUUGAAUCAAAUUCAUUGACAAUGUCUGCCAGAAGGUGGUGCCAAAAACCCAGUGAAUACGUUGUAACCUAUUGUAGAAAUAUCAUUAAUUUAACUCAGUGUACGUUUUUUGAGUUCUUUGUGUUUUUUAUUCUUCAGAUUAAACUUUAUAUCAAACAAUUAGAAGAGUUUAGAGGAGUUUUCGACCACAUUUGUUACCAAUUUAAUAAUUUUAGGUUAUCCUCUGUCUUAGUUACUCGGGCGUGAAUUUGUGCCAGGCUCUUAGAGAAGUGAAAUAAUGACAAUUCUUUUACAAUAACAAUGACAGAUGCUUCAAAUGCGUAAUUAUUUUACGCGUCGUGGACGCUUAGUAGAGUUUUUGCGCUAACUCACUUACGCAGCCUCUAAGUCUGAUAUCUGGCUUUUUACGCAGGAUUUUGUGGUUAUAAUUUAAAGUGUUACGGCGGUUAAUAAGUGCACUUAACAUCCAAUAUUGGAAAUGACGCUGCCCCGGAAGAAGCGAGUCAAUAAAUUAUGUUAAUCAGUGGCGACAGAUUGGAGGCGUGUUGUUGCAGUAAUGAAGAGCAGCACGACUGUGGCUCAGUGGAUAAGCCCUGAGCGCCUACGGUCUCCACACUCCACGUGCGCGUCCUGAUACCUGCCCGGUUUCUUCUGCUUCAUUGUGCGUAAGAACAUUUCCCUCUCAGCACCGGGCUGCAUUGAGAGCUUCAGCGCAACAAGUUUCCAGGAGCAGGAGCGCAGUGUCGCACAUUCACUUGCACUGGUCACAGUCCGUGGGGGCUCUCUCUGCUCUCCCUCUGUCAGCCGCUGUCACCACUAAGUCAGUGGACGUGAACGCUUGCGUCGCAAGCCGGCACACACUCAUUCACACGCACGGACGCACGCACGCACAGGGGCGCACAGAAACGUGUGCCACAAAUUCGUGACUCGGCGCCAGAUGCAGUUUGCUGCCCACGGCGCGUGUUGUUAAAUGGAGACUGCGCAGGCGAGAGGAGCAUCAAGGUGCGUGGAGAAAAUGGACAAAGUAACGCCUGAGAAGCGACACCGUUGUCGCGCAACAGUGCUGAACAUCAUCUCGUCGCUGUGUUCCGUGGCUUCCAUCGCGUUCUGCGUUCUCCUCAGCAUUAACGCAGCUGAUCUUCAGAACCGGGUUGUGGGUUUGGAGAGUGGGAAUGGCGAGCACCCGAUUGUCCGAGCCCCGGGUUACUCCAUGGGUGAUUUUAACUCACUGAUCCAACAAAGAGUGGAUGAGCUGCUCUCACAGCGCUCCUAUGAGAAUUACGUCAAGAUCCGCACUGCCAGACAGGCAUCACCUGAGUGCAACUGCCCCCCAGGACCUCCGGGAAAGCGAGGAAGACGAGGCCGUAACGGAGAACCUGGACCUCCUGGCCCUCCAGGUCCACAAGGUGAAAAGGGGGAUCAAGGCGACCAGGGACCACGGGGAUUGCCUGGUCUCCCUACACUGGCUGCUUUGCACAGCAAUCAGAUCCUGACUAUGAAGAUGGUCUUCCCUAAGAUCAAUCAUGGCUUUCUUUCCGCUGACCAGCAGCUCAUUAAGCGCCGGCUCAUUAAGGGAGAUCAAGGACAGGCGGGACCACCUGGGCCUCCAGGUCCACCGGGUCCCCCGGGGCCAAGAGGACCUCCUGGGGACACUGGCAAAGAUGGGCCUAGAGGUGUGCCUGGUUUACCAGGUGAUCCAGGGCAGCCUGGUGAAACAGGACUUAUGGGGCCUGAGGGGCCACCAGGGCUAAAGGGUUCCCUUGGGCCUCCUGGCGUUCCAGGUCUUGAUGGACUGAAGGGGGAUAUUGGCAUCUCAGGAUUGGACGGUUUCCCAGGAGCCAAGGGUGAAAUGGGAGAGCGAGGUGAAAAGGGUGACUUGGGCGAAGAGGGGCCGAAAGGUGAUAUGGGAGAGAAGGGAGACGCAGGCUCCUCCGCAGCUGGCAUUAAGGGUGAACCUGGAGAGCCUGGACGAAGUGGACAUAAGGGAGAGCCAGGACUUCCAGGGCUGCCUGGACUCCCGGGGAUAAAGGGUGAGCCUGGGUUUCUAGGCCCCCAGGGAGAACCAGGACUUCCAGGCCUCCCCGGUACCAAGGGUGAAAGGGGUGACCAUGGCCCACCAGGAAAGGGUGAAAGGGGGGAAAUUGGACCUGUUGGACCAAAGGGUUCACAGGGAGAGGCUGGAACCCCUGGUCUCAAAGGGUCAAAGGGCGAGACAGGAGAUAAAGGUGAUUUGGGACACAGUGGCCCGAAGGGACCUCCUGGGCAGAAAGGAGACCAAGGAGUUACUGAAAUCAUUGAUUACAAUGGAAACAUUCAGGAGGCUCUACAGAAGAUUACCACUAUUACAGUCACGGGUCCUCCUGGGCCUGCAGGGCCAGUGGGGCCACAGGGUGUAAAGGGGGAUCGUGGCAUGCCUGGUCUUCCUGGACUCGAUGGAGAGAGAGGUUACAAAGGUUCAAAAGGAGACAUGGGGAUGCCUGGGGCUUCUGGGGAAAAGGGCACUACUGGUUUACCGGGUCUACCUCGCGUCAAUGGAAUGAAAGGAGAAAAAGGAGAUCUAGGUCUUCCUGGUCCUCAGGGUCCCUCCAUCAUAGGUCCUCCAGGGCCACCAGGUCCUCAUGGGCAAUCAGGACCUAUGGGACCCCACGGUUUUCCUGGACCAAAGGGAGAACCUGGACUACAUGGGGUGAAGGGUAUGCGAGGGGAACAAGGGCACAAAGGCGAUCGUGGACCGUUGGGUCUCCCCGGAGCCUCCGGCUUGGACGGCAAGCCUGGGAUUAGGGGCACCGAUGGUCCUCCAGGUCCAGCUGGUCCUGCUGGGCCAAAGGGUGACCUAGGUGAGAAGGGUGCCCAAGGUGAGCCAGGACCAAGAGGACCCUAUGGACUUCCUGGUGCUCCGGGAACACCAGGCCUGGAUGGGGAGAAGGGAAAGAAGGGCAAAAAAGGGCCUAAGGGAGAGAAAGGAGAACAGGGUGCCCCUGGAUUAGAUGCACCCUGCCCAUUGGGCCCAGAUGGAUUACCUAUGCCUGGAUGUUGGCAGAAGUGAUCACUCUAACCUGAAACGCAUGGAGUUUGUAAAUAAUGCUUCUUUUAUGGUAUUUAUAGUUUUUUUUAAUGGGAAAAAAUAGUCUUAAAAGAAGUCUGUGUAAAAUGUUACAAAUUGAGAUGACCAUCGUCGGCUGCUUCUACUCACUUUGCCACAUUGUGUGGAGGGAGGCGGGGGGCGGGGUGGGAUUUUGUGUGUCUGCAUUCUCACGUCCACGCCGUGGUGGAGCACAGAUGGCCGGCUGGCAGCAAAACUUGUCUCCAAGUCUCUGCAUGGCUCAGACCGAGUGUUGCAGUCCAGCCAGAUUCAAAGGAGAUGUGGGAGGAGGAGAUGGAGGAGGAGAGAAUCUGGACUGGCUCUCUAACUACAAACGCUAGGUGUUUUGUAUUGUUUCGUCUAAACAAGCUCACCACCCUAUUCAUGCAGCACCAGUUUCUCGAGGACUAAAAAAAUAGACUGUGCCAAAAUAGGACAUUGCACCCUUCACCCCUGCAAAAGCAUGAGUAGUGUACUGAAACUAUAUUUAUGUAUUGUACAUACAUGUCGAUGUUGUGUGGUUGCAUCGCAGAAAAGAAAAAUCAACACUAACAACAAAAAAAGAAACAACCAAACCUCCAGCACUGAAUCAGUAAUUGUUGCUUUCUUUUAAUGUUCCCUCAAGGGAGUCACGCCAUGGCUGGUAGCCUGAGAGUCCCCAGAACGUUAAGCUGUCGGUUGUUGUUACUUUGUUUUGGUGAUGCCUGCAGAAAGUCUGAUGCCAGCAGGAUUUUCACUGUUGCACUUGUGGUGCUGCGACCGUUGCUGCGGUGCCCCCAGCAGUCACACAUCUCCAGUCAAGAUGGCGGUGUCACUGCACUGAUGGGAAAACAAAUUAAAGGGGUUUUAAGAAUCGAACCAUCUGCCUGGGGUUCCCUCUCAGAGCAGGGGUAGAUUGUGCGGUAGACAUGUGUGUUGCCUCUUGGGACAAAUGUUUCUUCAGGGUCACCUGAGAGUGCCAACAGAAUGCAGUCCUCUUUCUUUCUUAACUUUCUUCUUUGCUUUCAUUCUUAAACAUUGUUUGUAUUUUUGUGUAUAAUAGCCUUUUGUGCCUCAAGCUUUUAUUCAUUCCUUUAUCAAACGUGUACAACUUUAUACCAUAUUUUUGAUGAUUUGAAUGGUGUAUUUCACAUGGAUAAGCUCUGCUUGGUCAAGAAAAGGUUAAGUAUUGUUAAAAAAAUAUAUUGUGUUUUGUUUUGUUUUGUUUCUUUAAUAUGAUUUGAUGUUGAAAUGCAGUACGAUUGUGUCAGAAUACAGCCAGUGAUCUCAUUCUUGGUUUGGACAAAUUCAGCUGUGAUCACUCUGGAUUUGUUGUCUGGGAUAUUACAAUAUUUGUACCGCGUUGUCCCUUCUCACUGCAUCUAGACGUUAACUCGCAUAUU